AUGACACCGUCUCAACCAGCAGCUCCACCUUAUCCACCCAUGUAUCCUACCUACGCGUUUCAAUGCAUAUGUGCUGAUUUUUUUCACCACAAGGGUAAUAGCUAUCUGGUCAUCGUUGAUAGAUACUCCAAUUGGCCGGUUAUCGAAAGAACGUCAGAUGGUGCCCAUGGUCUCAUUACUUCCCUCCGUCACGUAUUUAUGACCUUUGGUGUUUGCGAUGAACUUUCUUCGGACGGAGGCCCAGAAUUCACUUCAGGAAGCACUCGAGACUUCUUGAAACAAUGGGGUGUCCAUCACCGCUUGUCGUCAGUUGCUUUUCCGCACUCCAAUUGUAGAGCAGAGGUGGGGGUCAAGACCGCUAAACUCCUGAUCACCAACAACACUGGUCCACAUGGUCAACCGGACACCGAUGCUUUUCAACGAGCGAUCCUUCAGUAUAGGAAUACACCUGACUCGGCAACCAAAACUUCUCCAGCCAUGUGUGUCUUUGGCCGUCCGAUUAAAGAUAUGAUACCAAUUCUACACGGUAAAUACUUACCACACCCAACGUGGAGGAGCACUAUGGCAGAUCGUGAGAUUGCACUACGAAACCGCCACAUGCGGUCUGCUGAGUAUUGGACCCAGCAUACAGGUCGGCUGCCAGCCUUGGCCGUAGGUGAUUCCGUUCGAAUUCAAAACCAAACAGGCCCACAUCCCACUGAGUGGGACAAGACAGGCACGGUGAUUGGGGUGCACCAAUUUGAUCAAUACAUUGUGAGGGUCGAUGGUUCUGGUAGGAUAACACUACGUAACAGACACUUCCUCAGAAAGUACAUCCCGGUAUACCAACCAGAGCGCCGACGUAUGAUCACUGAUGACCUCCGCUUCCUCCCUGUGAGACAGGGACCGAAACUAGGGGAUGCUCCUAUGAUGCCAGUUCGGUGUGCACUUGAUACACCGCCGGUAGAUGAUCAACACGCUUCCAGAUCCCCAGUUUCGCCAGGAUCUCCUCUAGUGCCCUUACCUAAUCUGUUUACACCAACCACCCCUCCGCCACCUGUUAGCCAUGUAACACCCCAGCCUGUCACAUCUCCACCCAUUAGCACUGACACUAUGCCACGCUCAGGUGAUAAUGGUCCGCGACGUUCAUCUCGUAUUCGUCCGCCUAUCCGCUAUGGCAUUGAUACCGUUUAA